CUUGUCUCAUUCAAAAAUAUUGAUCGUGCUGAAGAUAGUAAACCAUCUGGAAGUAAGGAAAAAGAGUGGGAAGAAGAGCGAGAGCGAUUACUAGGACAGGCAAGUUUCUUCUCUGGGAUAGUGGAGCGAGAGGAUUCAUUACGAAUUGUUCAACAGCAACUUGUAGACACGAAGAAGAUCAAUACGGACUUAUACGAUAAGUUGAAGUUAGCCGACGAGAAAUGGCGGAAAUUGGAAAAAGAUCUGUCAAGAAUUCGAGAACAAUACGCGGAGGAGAGCGAGUUUUUGAAGAAAACCAUCUCGAAUCUAGAAAUGUCAAAUGCUAUGCUGCAGGAAAAUGUUCAAAAAAGGAACGAGAAUGACCAGGUAAUUAGAGCCGAGCUUGAGAAGAAGUACGGUCAGCACACUGAAUUGGUUGGAGCCCUGCAGGAGAAGCAGAACGCUCUUGCUCAGGCUGAAAGUGAAUUGUCGGUUCUGCGACGGAAGGUUGACUCGCUUGAAAAGGAAUUGAAGGAAAUGCCGUUCUUGAAAGAGGUGACGCUUAAAGAGAGUUUUUAUAAGUAUAUUUUCACUUCCGACGAUUUCUGUGACUUUAUUCCUAUAAAAACUCAGGAAAUGAGAGAAUUGUCGGAGAAGUACGCAUCCGUAGCUGAGCGUGCCGAGCAGUCUGAACGUGCUCUAGAGGAAUUGGGAGGACAUUUGAGCGAGUCGAAACUUCGCAUGUUGGAACUAGCAGAGGAAUUGCUACCCCUUUCCGAUGCCCAUUGGGCGAAUGACGCUGACGUCACACAGUGUACUGCGUGCUCCGAAAAGUUUUCGCUUGCAAAGCGUAAACACCAUUGCCGGUUUGUUUUU